UCCACAGCCGGCUCUGAGUCAGUGGAGGACCGAGGCUGCCGCACACGUUGGCGGGGGUGGGCGGGGGUGGAAUUGGCCUCCGCACCACGAAAGAUCCAUCCCGGAAGUAGUUGUUGGUCGUCUCCAUGCGCCGGUUCCUGGGCGCCGUAGAGUCAAGGCGCGAGGCUCGGACAGGGAGGUAGAGCUGGAAGGGACGCUAAGCGUCCUCCGCUCUGCACGCGAGCCGCUGCGCCCGCGGGGCUGGCCCCGGCGCCACCAUGCUGCUCCUGCCGAGCGCUGCGGACGGCCAGGGCACCGCCAUCAGCCACGCUCUGACCUCUGCCUCAAAACUCUGUCAAGUUGAACCUGUGGGAAGAUGGUUUGAAGCUUUUGUUAAGAGGAGAAACAGAAAUGCUUCCUCCUCUUUUCAGGAACUGGAGGAAGAAUUAUCAGAGGAAUCAGAAGAUGAAGAAUUGCAGCUAGAAGAGUUUCCCAUGCUGAAAACACUUGAUCCCAAAGACUGGAAGAACCAAGAUCAUUAUGCAGUACUUGGACUUGGCCAUGUAAGAUACAAAGCUACACAGAGACAAAUCAAAGCAGCUUAUAAAGCAAUGGUUUUAAAACAUCACCCGGACAAACGGAAAGCAGCUGGUGAACCAACAAAAGAAGGAGAUAAUGACUACUUCACAUGCAUAACUAAAGCUUAUGAAAUGCUAUCUGAUCCAGUGAAAAGACAAGUAUUUAACAGUGUAGAUCCUACUUCCGAUAAUUCGGUUCCUUCUAAAAGUGAAGCAAAGGACAAUUUCUUCGAAGUGUUUUCCCCAGUGUUUGAAAGGAACUCCAGAUGGUCAAAUAAAAAAGUCCCUAAACUUGGUUGUAUGAAUUCAUCAUUUGAAGAUGUAGAUGCAUUUUAUUCUUUCUGGUAUAACUUUGAUUUGUGGAGAGAAUUUUCUUAUUUAGAUGAAGAAGAAAAAGAAGCAGCAGAAUGUGAUGAGAGGAGAUGGAUUGAGAAGCAGAACAGAGCAACAAGGGCACAACGGAAAAAAGAAGAAAUGAACAGAAUAAGAACAUUAGUUGACAAUGCAUAUAGCUGUGAUCCAAGGAUAAAAAAAUUUAAGGAAGAAGAAAAGGCCAAGAAAGAAGCAGAAAAGAAAGCAAAAGUGGAAGCAAAACGGAAGGAGCAAGAGGCAAAGGAAAAACAAUGAGAAGCUGAAUUAAAAGCGGCUCGGUUAGUUAAAGAGAAAGAAGAAGAGGAAGUUAGACCACAAGCAUUACUGGCAAAGAUGGAAAAAGACAUCCAGAAAAAACCCAUUAAAAAGGAAAGGCAAAAACUGCGAAACUCAUGCAAGGUAUGUCAGACUGAUUGA